AUGUCGGAGCCCAAGAAGAAGUUAUGGAUUGGCAAUCUUGCUUACAAAGUUUAAAAGGAUGAUUUAGAGGAGCUGUUUAAACAGUAUGGUUAAAUCACCGAGAUUAAAGUGUUGGACAAGGGUCCUCACGUAUACGCAUUUGUUGAAUUCGAAAAGGUAGAAAAAGCGAUUGAGGCCUACAAUAGUUUACAAGGUCGUGAGUUGAAAGGGUAAGCAAUGAAGAUUGAGUAUGCAAGUGGAAGGAAGAGGAGUACAAAUGAUCGUGAUAAAGAGAGAGGUAGAGGAGGCAAUGAUAAGUACAGGAAGAGAGAUAGUAACUAUAAGAGGCGAUCCCGAAGUCGAAGCGUCGACAGACAUAAAAAGAAACCUAAAAGCCACAAAAGACACUCAUCCAGCUCUGAGUCUUCCCGUCGUGACAAAUAGUAUAACAAGCAAAAACAGCCCGCGCGUUCCCCUUCGGAUGAUCUUUCAAACUGAGUAUCAUUAAUACAAGAAAAAAUAUUUUAAUACAUUAAAUUAUGAUAUUACAAAAAA